GAUUUUUAUUAUGAUCAUCUCUCUCAUUUCUCUCUCUCUCUCUUACAUUCACAUUCUCGAACAUGGUACAGACAAAGAAGUUCAGAGGAGUCAGGCAGCGCCACUGGGGCUCCUGGGUCGCUGAAAUUCGCCACCCUUUACUCAAGAGGAGGGUGUGGUUAGGGACGUUUGAGACUGCAGAAGAGGCCGCUCGAGCCUACGACGAGGCGGCGGUGAUGAUGAGCGGGCGCAAUGCCAAAACAAACUUCCCCACUGCCGUGAAUCACGCCAACAAUGAGGAGUCGUCCUCUUCCUCUCCCACCGCUCUUUCUGCAAUACUCAGCGCCAAGCUGCGUAAAUGUUGUAAAUCCCCAUCUCCCUCCCUCACUUGCCUAAGGCUGGACACCGAGAAUUCCAAUAUAGGAGUGUGGCAGAAGCGGGCGGGGACGCGAUCCGACUCCAAUUGGGUGAUGACAGUGGAGCUUGGGAAGAAGAAUGAGCAGGCGGCGGAGGCAGGAGCGGAGGCGGAAGUGGCCAUGGUGGACACUCCAGAGACCUCAUCAUCAGGAUUAAGGGAAGGUAGUGGGGAUCAUGGGAUGGAUGAAGAGGAGAGGAUUGCAUUGCAGAUGAUAGAGGAACUGCUAAACAGGAAUUGAAGGUCAGCCCAGUACUUGAAAAUUCACAUGGGGCUUGCCAAUACAUGGGAGCUCCCAUGUGCAGUCACCAUCAUGGCAUUGUGUUUGAUUUUUCAAAGUACCAGCUGUUACUUCGAUCUUCAGAAGAAUGGGGCAUAAAUUCUAGCCAUAUAUAUAUCUUGAUUUAGACCUCCACGGAGGUAAGUUAAUUGUGUGUCUGUGUAAAAUGUAUUCAGUUAAACGCCAACCCACCCAAAAGAAAAGGGACCUUCUAUAUAUCGAUCUAUAAACUAGUGUUCUAUAUAGAAGAAGAGAUAAAAAAACUGUCAUAUUUUGUGGUAGGAGUUCAAAAUAAAUGAAUUGGGUUUCAUCAA